UGUUCUUGACUCACUAUCAAAAUUACAGAUGCUUGAUUGUAAUCAUGGCGGCCCGCAUGAAAUGAACCUUUAAGUCAAAUAUUUAGAUCCUCGAAUUGUGCCAACGUUGACCUGCCAAUAUGACAUCUAUUAUACGACUCCAACCGCUCUCUGGGGCACAGGAUGAGAGCCCCCCGUGUUACCUGCUGCAGGUGGAUGAGUACCGAUUCCUGCUUGACUGUGGCUGGGAUGAGGACUUCAGUAUGGGCAUUAUCAAGGAGAUUAAAAGGCACUUGCACAAGAUAGAUGCUGUGUUGCUGACCUAUCCGGACCACCUGCAUCUCGGUGCUCUACCGUACCUGGUCGGCAAGUGUGGCCUCACCUGUCCUGUGUAUGCCACUGUUCCCGUCUACAAGAUGGGACAGAUGUUCAUGUAUGACCUCUUUCAGUCAAGGAACAACUCUGAGGACUUUAUAAUGUUCACCCUGGAUGAUGUGGACGUUGCCUUCGACAAGAUAAUUCAGUUGAAGUACUCACAGACCAUCAGCCUAUCAGGCAAGGGCCAUGGUCUGCAGAUUACGCCCCUGCCGGCAGGUCAUAUGAUUGGUGGAACUAUCUGGAAGAUUCUCAAGGAUGGCGAGGAGGAGAUUGUUUAUGCCAUAGACUAUAAUCACAAGAAGGAGAGACAUCUCAAUGGCUGCAUUCUGGAAGCAAAGUACUUUUCUCGUCCUCAUCUGAUGAUCACAGAUGCCUUCAAUGCCAACUACAACCAGUCCAGACGUCGCAUGAGGGACGAACAACUCAUGACAACCAUCUUGCAGACCAUGAGACGUGAUGGGAACGUGAUGAUAGCUGUGGACACCGCAGGUCGAAUGCUUGAGCUUGCACAGUUACUGGAUCAGAUGUGGAGAAGUACAGAGUCUGGGUUGACAACCUACUCCCUGGCUCUUCUGAACAAUGUCAGCUUCAACGUUGUAGAGUUUGCCAAGUCACAGGUGGAAUGGAUGAGUGACAAGAUAAUGCGAGCCUUUGAAGAUCACCGUAGCAACCCAUACCACUUCAAGCACCUGAAGCUGUGCCACAAUCUGUCAGAGCUUGGAAGAAUUCCAGAACCAAAGGUGGUGCUAUGUAGCCAACCGGACCUGCAGAGCGGCUUUUCCAGAGACUUGUUUGUAGCCUGGUGCGGGAAUCCAAAAAACAGCAUCAUACUGACCAAUCGAACGUCACCGCGAUCCCUGGCAAGAUGGCUCAUAGACCAUCCUGACAACAAAACUGUCACCAUGGAGGUUCGGCGCAGGAUCCGACUGGAAGGCCAAGAGUUAGAGGAGUACAUGAGGAGGAAGCAGGAGGCCAAGACAGAGGAGAAGAAGUCUCUAAAGCAGGAGGAGUCGAGUGACGAGAGUGAUGUAGAGAUGGAGGUUGAUGGGGCAGCACCAGUCCCCAGCUCAUCCAAGGCCAAACAUGACAUCAUCAUUAAACAGGAGGGUAAAGGUCGUUCGAGCUUCUUCAAGCAGGCUAAGAAGUCAUACCCAAUGUUUCCAUAUGUUGAGGAGAGGAUGAAAUGGGAUGAGUACGGAGAGGUCAUACGGCCAGAAGAUUACAUAAUCGGGGAGACGGCCACCACAGAGGAAAAUAUAUCAACGGAGAAGUUAGUUGCAGAAUUUGACCAACUUCAAGAUGUGUCAGAGGUCCCAACAAAAUGCAUCGCAGUGACUGUGACUCUGGACAUCAAUGCCAGCAUUCAGUACAUCGACUUCGAGGGACGGACGGACGGAGAGUCCAUGAGGAAGAUACUUAGCCAGAUAAAGCCUCGACAGCUGGUACUGAUUCAUGGGACAGAGGAGGCUACGGACUCACUGGCAGACUACUGUCGCUCCACGGCGGGCCUUGUACAGGGUUCUGUAUUCACACCAAGCAUCGGUGAGGUCAUCGACGCUACCACUGAGUCUCACAUCUAUCAGGUGAAGCUCAAGGAUUACUUGGUCUCGGCGCUUGAGUUUGCCAAGGCGCGCGACGCUGAGCUGGCGUGGAUUGACGGCUGUAUCAAAUUCACUGAUGUGGACGCUGACAUCAAUGUGCAAACAGAUGACAUGGACGAUGAGAUCAAACCUUCAGUGGUGAGAGGGCAGGCAGGUUUGGAGAAAGUGCCAUGCCUAGAAGCACUGCCCCAAACUCAGGUUCCUGGUCACAUGGCUGUGUACAUCAAUGAGCCCAAACUCAGCGACUUCAAGAUGGUCCUACUGCAGGAGGGGAUACAGGCGGAGUUCAGUGCAGGCGCACUUGUGUGCAACGAUACCAUCGCAGUAAGAAGGAAUGAGGCUGGACGUAUGCAGCUAGAGGGCGCAAUUUCAAAAGACUAUUUCAAAGUUCGAGAUCUGUUGUAUAAGCAGUAUGCCAUCGUGUGAUGGGGGACCAAAUAACUAGCCAUUGCUGACCCCCAGCAGUUCAAGCUCACCUUGAGGAUCUUGCUUUUUUCGAUGUUCACAAAUUAAUGGAUUGUUUAAAAGUUUACCUAUUAAAAGUAACAUAUUAAGUUUUACAACUAAUUGUUGAAGGACAUCUUGUGGGUUUCAAAAACAACUUUUAAAAGGACACUUUCUUUAAGUGUUAAUGUACCUGUAAAUUAGUAUGUAAUGCGAUGCUGUACAUUAUUGGUUUUCCUCAUUUAUCUUUUAAGAAUAUAACUGAGGACUUUAUUAUAAAAUUAAUGUAUUAUUGUUUUUAGAAUUUCAGUUUGACUACUAUAAACAGACUCUUGAUAAAGUACUUGAAAUUGCAACUAUCAGACUUGAUCAUUCAAAGGGGUGUUAAGCAGAUCAGCAAAAUGACAAUAAUAAAAAAUGGAAAAAAUCGAAAAAGAUGUUGACAUUUUUUAUUUUUUUUUAAAGUAAAAUAACAAUGAUGACAAUGAAAAUUAUUUAAAUAUAAUUUUGUAUAUGGAAAGUCAAUCAAAAUAUAUACAAUUAUAAAGGGUGGGCAGUGUUUUCCACUGAUGAUUUUGUGACCUAUGUUUAAAUGCAGUUAAAAGAAAUAUUAACAAUUUUU